CGAUUAAAAGAAGAGUUUACAGCCGCAAGAGCUCGUCGAUAAGAACACGCGUGAGAAGCUACAGUCCAAAAAACAUGUGACCAAACUCUACCUCGUGUAUAUGUACCGAAACGUAACGCAACAAAAAAAAAAACACAAGAACAAAGGAAAACGUCACGGACUAAGUUUAACUAAACACCUUCUCUUCACACGAUUUCCUGACAAACUGCGAAACUCGAGUCUCGUGAAUUAUGUCCUUCUUAUUUGCAUGAACCUAAGUGCCCCAAGCAAAAUGAUAAUUAAGAAAAAAAAACAAACAAACAAACAAACAAAGAAAAACUGGUUAUGACGAAUCUGGGUUUAUUGUUUAUAAACCUGUCAAAACUUUCCGACGCCACGCUCAACCUCGUUUUCAGGCACUUGGAAGUAAGGCCAUUAUUUGUUAAAGAGGUUUCGUAAGUCUAAGCUUCUCAUCAAGGUAAUGGGCGUUCACGGACUCUUAAGUUUCGUCGAAAAAAUCGAACAGCUUUGGGAAACGAUCGAACUACGGCGAGACACAAAGCUGGUCAUAGAUGGAUCAGCUUUAUACAAGUCUCUAUACGCAGAUAGUUGCCUCGAUCGACGCUGCGGAGGGCAAUAUAAGGAAUUCUAUGACAUAAUAAUCAAUUUCUUUAACGCUCUAAAAUCUGUGGGAGUAGAGUCAUUCGUAGUCCUGGAUGGCGCAACCAAUGACAACAAAUUAGAAACCCACAAAAAGAGGUCAGAAGAGAGAAUAAAGAAAGCUUAUUUUCUCGCAAAAAAACCAGCAGAAGAAAUUAAGGAUGUCUUCGUGUGCCCGCUUUUGUUGAAUUUUGUGUUUGUGCAAGCGCUCAGGGAUCUUGACGUGAAAUUUGCUGUCUCUGACCGUGAAGCGGAUGCUGAAAUAGCUUAUUUGGCCAAUUAUUUCCAAUGUCCUGUUCUAAGCAACGACAGCGACUUCUGCAUCUUUGAUGUUAUUCGUGGUUUUAUUCCAAUCUCCUCUUUCAAGUGGCACAGCCUUCCUUUGAAAGCUCGCAUUUUCCAUCGCGCAAAACUGGCAGAGUAUUUUGGAAUUCGGACGGAAUUGCUUGCUCUUUUUGCCUCUUUAGUGGGAAAUGAUUACGCAACCUUGGCGCUACUAAGGCCAUUCCACCAGAGUUUGCCGGGAAAAUCUGGAAAAACAGAAGAAAAGUUCCGAGCCAUCAUCAAUCUUAUUUUACAAGCACCUGCAUCAGAGGAAGAGGCGGUCGAAUUUGUAUUGCAACAUGUUUCUAAGGAUUGUCCUUAUAGUUUAAUGUAA